ACUCAGCGAUGGGCUCGUGUGGCGCGAGCUCUGGCGCCGCCUGGUGGACACGUCACUGUAGUGCGACGCAGCGCGUCAGUGCGUCAGUCACCAGCGACCUGUAACUACUUCAAGCCACUUUGUUAUAUCAAUUCAAUGGGGGAAAAAAGAGGAAGCAGAAUUUAAUAGAAAGAGAGAGAGAGCUCCCCCCCCCUCUUCUCUCCCCCCCCUCUCUCUACGGGGUGUGUCCACACAGAGAAGGUCCGUCGUUGGCUUUGUUUCGUGGUGAGCCACUUGUGAAACACCUUUCGACUCACAACAGCCGCUCAGCCUUCUACCAUGAUGCAGAUGCAGGUGGUGAUCUGUUUGGCUCUCGUGGCUCUGGUUGGGGCUGACGAGUGUCCGGACGGAGGCAGAUGUGAAGACGGUAACACCUGCUGCAACGACCCGGCCAACGGCUACGAAUGCUGCCCACUGGAUCAGGCCGAGUGCUGCGGGGAUCACGUGCACUGCUGUCCCGCCGGAACAAUCUGCCACGCACCCACGUCCAGCUGUUUGAACGCCACUGGCACCUUCCCCUGGGUGGAAAGAUCUGCCGCGGAUCAGCCCGCUCUCUCUAAGUCCUUCAGGAUGAUCAAGUCGUCCGCGGGGGAGGACGACGACAACGUCUGUCCCGAUCAGUCCCGAUGCCCGGCCGAGUUUUCCUGCCUGAAGGCUUUGACAAAGUUUGGCUGCUGUCCGUUAGCUCAGGGAGUCCCCUGCGCCGACGGGAAACACUGCUGUCCUGAAGGCCACCAGUGCAGCGCAGACUGCCGCUCCUGCAUCAAACAAGCGGCUGUGACUGCGGUUCUGUGCAAAGAUGGAAAGUCCGAGUGUCCGGAUGGAACCACCUGCUGCGAAAACCCAGAUGGAACGUGGGCCUGCUGUCCCCUGCCGAAGGCCGUGUGCUGUGAGGAUAAGACGCACUGCUGCCCUGAAGGCACCACAUGCGAUGUCCAACACGACAAGUGCAUUUCCCCGUUCACCAAAAAGGAGUUCCCCAUGUGGGCCAAGUCGCCUGCCAGGAGGAGAGCGGACUGGGAAAACCUGAAAGACCAGUUUCCUCUUUCACCAUGCGAAGAAGUCACCACUGUGAGUGCAGCUAGUCCCAAAGGGGAGGAAGGACCGUCCGUCACCACGCCCGCUGCAGAUGAGAUGUUUUCCAUGGAUUUAGGCGUCCGUGUCGCAUGUGAUGCUGCAGAAGCCUGCGCAGGUAACGCCACGUGCAGCACGUCAGCAGAGGGCGGCUGGAGCUGCUGUCCACUGCCAGAGGCGGUUGGCUGUGAAGAUUUAGUUCACUGCUGCCCCAAAGGGCGAAAAUGUAACCCGGCCACUCAGACCUGCGACAGCGAGGAAUGCUCCGUGCCGUGGGUCGAGAAGGUUCCCACAGUGCCCAGACCGCAGGUGGGAAAUGUGUCAUGUGACGCCACCCACGCCUGUCCCGAUGGCACCACCUGCUGCAAGAAUGCAACACAAGAUUGGUCCUGCUGUCCUCUGCCUGAGGCCGUCUGCUGCGAGGACCACGUGCACUGCUGCCCGAGCGGCACCACCUGCAACCUGCCCGCGCUCAGCUGCGACAGCGCCUCGGGCUCCACGCCCGCGCGGCCCAAGACGCCCGCGUUCGUCACGCCGGAGCCUUUCGCCGAAAGUCGGCCGACGACAACGGCCGCGGCGACGACGACGGCGGCGGCGCCGGCGGCGGAGGGCGACGUGGUUCAGUGUGACCCCCACACCAGCUGCCCCCGGUCCAGCACUUGUUGCUUCAUGGCCGAGUCUCAGAAGUGGGGUUGUUGCCCGCUGCCGGAGGCGGUUUGCUGCUCUGACGGGAACCACUGCUGCCCCACGGGCUACACGUGCGACGUGAAGAAGACCACGUGCACCAAAGGGGAAGUGGUGAUUCCCUGGUACACCAAGCUGCCGGCCAGCGUGGGGGCCGAUCCCGGCUCCGUCCAGUGCGACCAGAAGCUCCAGUGCCCCGACGAGACCACCUGCUGCCGGAUGCUGUCGGGCGAGUGGGGCUGCUGCCCGAUGCCAGACGCUGUGUGCUGCCCGGAUAAGUUGCACUGCUGCCCGCAGGGUUACACCUGCAACAUGGCCUCCAACACCUGCCAGAAGCUCCUCAUGCUGCAGCUGCAGGUUGUCCCUCUGACACGGGUGUAUCUGCCCAAGCCUGAACCCACGUUGAGUCCCUCAAACCAGGGGGACGUGCCGUGUGAUGAGGAAACCAGCUGUCCCGAUGGAGAGACCUGCUGCAGGAUCUCGGCUACGUCGUGGGGCUGCUGUCCUUCUCCCAAUGCGGUGUGCUGCAGCGACAUGCAGCACUGCUGCCCCGAGGGCCACACCUGCACCGAGACCGGGGGCUGCAGCGGGAACAAUUGGCCCCACUGGAACAAGUGGCAGGUGUUCUUCAGCAACAAAAAGAGAUCUUUGAUUAAGUGAAGAGCCUUCCCCUGCACUGCCAUUUGAUUCUGCACCGUGCACUAAAUGGAAAUAAUGCAGAAGAGAUUUUAUUUGUGGGGAAGGGGAUGCUGAGUGUAUUGCACGAUGGGUUAUGAUGUUGUGCAACCACCACUACGCGCCACAACAUCAGGGCAUUCACUUUUUAAUGACUCAUUUUAAAAUUCAGGCCGAGCCUUUUUAUUCCAAGCAAGCAGUUGCACGAUGAAUUUACCUCCAUCCAUUAAAUACAAUCCACUGGCAAUGUGAUUCUUCUUGUGUGUGUUCUGCUUCAGCUGCUUUGUACUCCACAGGUCGCUUCUUCAUCAAUACUCGCUCACAAUUCAGGGCAUGCAUUUAUCAUUUUAAUUAUUUGUGAUUUUUUUGCACCUCAUGAUGAGUGAGUCCUGUUUAAUGCGGGUCACUACUUCAGAAUUGGGAUAUAAUUGUGGAAUAAUCUGUAAUGAGUUAGUGUUUUGAUUUUGUGCAUCUCGUUUUCAUUCAUAUUAAUUUUGGAUUUGGACUCACCGUGACGCAAUCACGCAGAGAUAAUACACUUUUCAAGCUUUAUCUGCAUGAAACUAAUAAACAGGAAAUGUGUUACAACAUUA